AAUAUAAUAAUGUAACUUUAUGGUCUGUGUAGUUGUGUUUUCCAUAUGGUUGUACUGAUAUGGACCCGUGUGUCUCAACAAGUGCACCAGCCGCAGCGAGCAGGGUCAGUGGCUUUGUCCCUGAACAACAAACACAUGACUGGAACUGAUGUUGAAAGUGGCUUCUGCUUUCGCUUUCGCUUUCGCCACGAGGUGAAAAAGGAGAACAACUCUGAGGUAAUUUAAGCCUCGCUGGAUCUCACCGAGACUGUGUGCAGGUCAUGACAUACCUUUGUUUGUUUGACUGCUGGAUUUCACCACCGGCUGUCUACUGACCAAAUGUCCCGUCCCUCCGCCCUGGCUGCGGCCGUCCUGGCCUUCUCUGGAUGCUGGUGCAUAUGUGCAGCUGAUGUCGGGGAUUUUGCUCCGUGCCUGCAGUUCUUCUACAAGUCUUGGCCUCCCAAAGGUCUGGCGGGGACCCCGAUCUGCCAACGUUAUUACAACCAGUACCGCUUCGCCACACUGUACAGUCGGCCGCGGCGCUCUCCGUGGUUCUCGGCCUAUGUGUACUCGGUCCCGGCAGGAAAGAGACCCACCGCGUGUUGGAAGUUUGAGCCCCAGCUAGCCUACCCAGGAGCCGAGGGCAGCAUGAUCCCCUUCCCUCCGGGCCCUGUGGACCAGAACGUGGUGGACAGCCAGGCGGUGGAGCUGGACUACAUCAACUCCACCUAUUCCCGUGGCCACAUGAACCCAAGCCUCCACCACCAGAGCCACGAGGACCGCGCCGCCACCUUCACCCUUACCAACGUGGUUCCUCAGAAGGCAGGCUCUAACGACGGGCCCUGGGAAGUCCUGGAGUGGACCAUCAACAAAACCUUGGAGGCCUACUGUCUCGGAGAGGCUUACGUAGUGACCGGCGUCAUCCCUUACCGGAUCGACGAGCGCUGGCUCAAGGAUCAUCGCGUGGCCGUGCCCGAGUACAUUUGGUCCGCCUACUGCUGCCCGAACUACAACAACAGUCUUCCAGAAGAACUGAAGGAUGCUUUCCCCACGUACGCAGCCAUCGGCCGCAACGACCGCAACAGCAGCGAGGAGAUUGUGCCCGUCAGCCAGACGGCUAAGAAACAGUUCAGAGGAUAUGAUGUCAGACAAAUGCCGCUGGAGACACUCGAGGUGUAUCUGAAGGACCGGUUCAACACUGUAGUCAGUGUUUUCUACGAGCAGUGCGGAUAACAUCUAUACAAUAAUUAGAUCUUUGACGUGUUAAUGCUUAUUUCAGUUACUUAAGCCUUAAUCUAGACCUUUUCACAGUCAUAACCAUUACAAAUUGCCCAAAGUUGAUUUCCUGUCCAGGGUAUGGCUACGUUCACACCGCAAGUCUUAAUGCUUAAUUUGGAUUUUUUUUUCACAGAUACGAUUUUUUUAGUUU